GCACGACCUUCGCCAAUCCGUCCGCCGCAGCAGAAUCUCCAUCAGCCGCUCCAACGUGAACUCAGCACGGGAAACACGACGCAAACAGCGUCUUGUCAGUAGAUUGGUCCCUCUCAGCAUCAGAUAUGGAAACGGCAUUCUCCUCCAGUCAGUGCAGUUAUGAAGAGUAUAAGGAGACAGCAGACUGGCUGCUGGCCCACACGGAGCAGCGUCCUAAAGUAGCCAUCAUCUGUGGUUCAGGCCUGGGCGGUCUGGCUGACCUGAUGGCUGACAAGACUGCGUUCACGUAUAAGGAUAUUCCACGUUUUCCCACCAGCACUGUGCCGGGCCAUGCCGGUCAGCUGGUGUUCGGGAGGCUGCAGGGCCGUGAGUGUGUCUGCAUGCAGGGGAGAUUCCACUUCUACGAGGGCUACAACAUACACACUGUGACGUACCCGGUGCGAGUCUUCUUCCUGCUGGGUGUGGAAACUCUGAUUGUGACAAACGCGGCGGGGGGACUCAACGGCAGCUACAAUUUGGGAGACAUCAUGCUCAUAAAGGAUCACAUCAACAUGCCAGGCUUUGCAGGGCAGAACCCGCUUUGUGGACACAAUGAUGACAGGUUUGGAGUGCGUUUUCCUUGCAUGUCGGAUGCCUACGACCGUGAGCUUAGGGCUCUGGCCAAGCAAACAGCAAAGGAGCAGUGCUGCGAUGGCUUCCUGCAAGAAGGGGUUUACUGCAUGCUGGCUGGGCCGUCAUUUGAAACCAUUGCAGAGUGCAGAGCACUGCAGAUGCUGGGAGCGGAUGCUGUGGGAAUGAGUACAGUGCCAGAGGUGGUGGUGGCUCGUCACUGUGGCUUGCGUGUUUUGGGUCUCUCCCUCAUCACCAACAACGUUGUGACCGAUUAUGACAGCGUUGAGAAGGCAAACCAUGAGGAGGUGCUGAGGACCGCCCAGCACAGAACCCAGGACCUCCAGAGGCUCGUCAGCCACCUCAUCGCCAAGAUCUAGUACCUUCAUCUGAAAUCUGCAGACUAAAAACAUGUCCAGCCUCCCAAUUAUGGCAUUGGUGAACAAUCCUAGCUUUGAGGUUAAAAAUGUUUUGGUGCAGAUGGUAAACUGGUCAAGUAUGUGUGGAUAGGUUAUAACUUGUUUGGGUAUUGUAUUGUAUCGUGGUUAACUGGGGGAGCGCCUGAGAUGUUUUUGAGGUAGAGGGCAGAAGAAAGAAGUGUUUUGAGAAUGUCAAUAUGCCACUUGUAAUAGCUGGAAAUUUCCAAUUCCAAUUCCAAUUUCCAAUUUCCAAUACUCAUGUACAAUGAACCGUAAAGCACACGGGCUCCAACGGGACUUCAUGGUGCAUUCUGGUGCCCCUCGUUAACCUCAUGGUGCAUUUAAUUCCACCUUUUAAAGGAACACGCCGACUUAUUGGGAAUUUAGCUUAUUCACCGUA